AUGACGGACCAGCCGAAAACGCGUAAGAGAACGAGACGCGGUAAAAAGCGGCGAUUUCCCUUCACCGCCAACCUAAAUCUAAACCUGAACGUGAACAUUCCCGAGGCGCCUCACAACGACAAUCAGUUUCUGAUCGAGGACCACAACGACAUCAUCGACAUCAACCUGAGCGACGAGAGUUUCCUGCGAAGAGACUUCGACGAUCAGUACGAGAAUGUGUUGACGGAAAGGUUGAAUUGCAUGUCGAAGCAGGAGUUGGUGGAGGAAUGUUUGCGAUUGGAACAAACGGUCAAUCAACAGGGACGCAAGAUCAAAGGGCUGAAGAAGGAGAACGAAGUGCUGAAGAUGCGCAUGGAGGAGAUGAAGAACAGCAGCAGCACGAGCAGGAGCAGGAGCAACAGCAGCAGCAGCAGCAGCAGUAGCAGCAGCAGCAGCGCCAGUGCCAGUUCUAGUGACGAACAGACUGAGGAACAAGUGUUGAGUGAUGAGAAAAAAGUGAUAAGUGAACAAGAGACAAUGUCGAUUGACGAACAAAAAAAAUGCGCGAUAGAAGAGGAAAAAGUGCCGAUCGAAGAGACCAAAGUGAUUGACGAACCAAUUCAAUUAACCAAUGACAAUUGUGUUAAAGAAACUUGA